CCGCCGCUGCAGUGCGCAGGAGCCCGCGGUCCGCACCCCAGCGCCCGUAGACCGAGCGCAAGCAGCGUCCGGAGCCAGGCAGGGGUCGCCGCUGCCUGGAUGCGCCCUGUGGCGCGCGCGCACGCAGCAUCCCGAGCCUCCCGCCGCGCGGCGGGGAUGCCUGCUCUCCGGGCCCCGGGGCUGGGCCCCCGGCGGUAACCGGAGCGGGGGGGCGCGCCCCCCCAGCAGCAGCUGCCGCGCCAGCGCCCGGGCCAGUCGCCGCCGGGGCCCAUCGCGUGUCGCCGCGCUCUGCGCACCCACCGCCUUGCGCGGCCAUGGGGACGCUGCUGGCUCUCGUGGUGGGCGCGGCGCUGGUAUCCUCAGCCUGGGGGGGUUGCGUGGAGGUGGAUUCCGAGACGGAGGCAGUGUAUGGGAUGACCUUCAAACUCCUGUGCAUCUCCUGUAAGCGUCGUAGUGAGACCAACGCCGAGACCUUCACGGAGUGGACCUUCCGCCAGAAGGGGACAGAGGAAUUUGUCAAGAUCCUACGCUAUGAGAAUGAGGUGCUGCAGCUGGAGGAAGAUGAACGCUUUGAGGGCCGCGUGGUGUGGAACGGUAGUCGGGGCACCAAAGACCUGCAGGACCUGUCCAUCUUCAUCACCAACGUCACCUACAACCACUCUGGCGACUACGAAUGUCACGUCUACCGUCUCCUCUUCUUUGAUAAUUACGACUACAACACCAGCGUUGUCAAGAAGAUCCACCUGGAGGUGGUGGACAAGGCCAACAGAGAUAUGGCAUCCAUCGUGUCGGAGAUCAUGAUGUACGUGCUCAUUGUGGUGUUGACCAUAUGGCUCGUGGCAGAGAUGGUGUACUGCUACAAGAAGAUUGCUGCUGCCACGGAAGCUGCUGCGCAAGAGAACGCCUCGGAAUACCUGGCCAUUACAUCCGAGAGCAAAGAAAACUGUACAGGCGUCCAGGUGGCUGAAUAGCGCUGGCUCUGGGCUCCGCCUCAAGGAAGAGCCAGCCCCUGUGGGUACCCUCCCGCCCUGCAGUGGGGACCAGCCCCUGGUGGGUACCCUCCCCCGGCAGUGGGGAUCAGCCCUUCGGUCUCCCCAGCCUCACAGUUCUGCAGUGGAGCCACCAGGGUGGGAGCGGGCAGGGACUGAUCCCACCUCACCCACCGCCUCCCACCUUCCCUCCCCUCGCCAUGCAUGAUGGGUGAAGCAAUAUGGCCGCCCCACCCUGCUUUUGCUGCCUGUUUGGGGGAGGGGGCGGUGAGGUGAGGGGGCAGGCCCCGCCCCUUCUUUUUGCUGAUUUGCACAUAGGCCACUUCCCACAAGCACUGCCAGGCCAGCCGGCCCCACCCCUGCCUGAUGGGGUCUGGACAGGGACAGUAGCGGGCAGGAGGUUCUGGGCCUCAUCUCCCCUCCGCUUCCUCCGGCUGGACCUGGGGUUCCCUCCCUGUGACACCUCCUAGCCCUGGCCCACCCGCCCUCUCUCACCAGCCUUCAAUUGUGGUCUCUUGGGAAGGGCCUCUUCGGCCUCCUCUCUUUACAGAAGUAGUUUUUGUUCAUGAAAUAAAGAUUCUUGGACUCGA